AAAUGUGUGUUCGUGAAGUUUGGUUCUUGUUUAUUUUAUUAAUAAGUUGGUUGUAAUUGUUUAUAGCGCCAUGCAGAUGAGCCGCAUGGGGUCUCCGUCGGUCGGUAUGGACGACGACACGGGCGCUGGCCACGCUCUGAGCGACUUUCUCCUCCAACUUGAGAACUACAAUCCUUCAAUUCCGGAUUCCGUUGUUGCUCAUUACUUGAACAUGUCUGGCUUCGAGUCACAGGAUCCUAGGUUGAUCCGUCUCAUCGCAUUAGCAUCACAGAAGUUCCUCUCGGACAUCGCCAAUGAUGCUCUCCAACACUGUAAGAUGAGGACUUCGAGCCAGAUUACCCAGAGCUCCAAGAACCAAAAGGGUCCUAAAGAAAAGAAGUACGUAAUGACCAUGGAAGACUUGGCUCCGGCUUUACAGGAGUAUGGUAUUGUAGCUCGGAAACCACAUUAUUUCGUUUGAUAAUGUUAACCGGAUGCUGAACGUUGCGUUCUCUUACUUCAAGGAUAUCUCAAAAGUUUACUAUUGCUAUGAUUGCAAAAAUAGAGCGUUUCUGUCCAUAGUUUGUUAAAACUAUGAAUAUUCAAUAAUAAUAAAACAACAUAUUCUAAAUUACAGUCAAUAACAUUGUUUAUUUAAUCAUACAUUUUGUUCUGAUUUUAGUGUUGCUAGUUUUCUACUGUAUUAAAAAAAAAGUGUACACUGGCAACACAAAUAUACAAUAUCUUAAUGGCAAUCAUAUAAAACAUACUUGUUACUAAAAUACACUUAUAAUUACUAAAUGAAUAGUUUUGUUAAAAAGUAACAAAAUUAUUCAUUUGAUAAAAUAAAUAUAGCCUUAUGAUCCAAUAUUAGGCCGGCCUUAUACUGGUAAGUUUCUCUCACGUAAGUAGCUCACCCAAUUAACUUCAUGGAGAACAAAAUGACUAGCGGAGGUGCCAUAAGGGAAAAUCUUCUAAGAAAGUAGCGCGCCAAAAUGCGGGCGUUCGGGGGACGAGGAACGUUACUGUUGCCGCCCUUAUACGCAUUCUUUGCACCUGACCAUUUAUUGUCAUACCAAAAAUCGCUGACAGAUGUCGCAAAGGGCCCGAACACCUCGUUAAUUCACCCUUAACUGAUCGUUUUGAUGAUACCUACCGUGUUUGGGCUAGCACGUAAAUGUCGGUCCUGCGCCUGACCUCUGUCCGGUCGUGUCGGAUUGCCGUCCCAUCGCGCUAUGAGAGUGAAGGAAUAGUGAGUGCACCUGUGUCUGCGCAGAUGCUUGUGCACUAUAAUAUGUCCUGCGCAGUUGGCUAAUCUCCUUACAUGAGAACAGCCGCCGUAGCCGAUAAUCGGCUAGGAGGACAUCAUUUGGACUAGAAGAAGGCGCUUGACCUACCUUCAUUAUGGCAUUUCCGCUCAUCUUUCCUUACUCCUUCGUAAGUCGCUUACUUACUUAUUUCUUAGAACUUCUUACAAUUACGGAAGUUACGUAUUUUUACGGAAGGAACUUACAAUUGUAAGGUUGGGCUUAGAUUAGCUGAGUGAUACGGUUAGAUCUAGAAUGUUCCAACUUCCAUUAUACACAGUUAACUUAGUUAAGAGCAUAAAAAUUGAAGUAUAUUGAUGUAAAAUUUUUUAAAAUGUCUCAAGGGGGAAAAAUAUUUUUCCAAGCAAAUAAAACCGACUUCUAUAAUAUACCCAAAUAAAACCUUCUAAGUCUGAUAAAUACUAUGCUGAAAACUGCAUAUCAAUCGGUUUAGCCAAACGUCAGAUAGGCGAGCAAAAAAUACAUGCAGACAUACAGGUCAAAGCAAGCAGGUUCUGAGAACCUCUGUUUUUUGAUGUUGGUUGAAAAUGGAAUUAUACAAUAUACUUCAAUUUAUAAUCCAUAGAAAAUAAAUAAAUAGUAAUGAAUAAUCCUAUUUUCGUGUAGCCAACCAUUUUGAUAUUAUUAUACUCAUAUUACACAUAUUAGUAUGAAAAAAACACCAAUUUAAGGUAUUUGCCUGUAUUAUUAAAAUGAAGGUAAAAACUUACCAUGGAAAAUUGCUAAACAUAUUUUGAUGAAACUUACACAAAGAUACUGUGCUCUUAUUUUAAUGAAACAUGCAAAUUAAUGUUAUAUUGCCUUUCAUAGUUAAAUAAGCAGUAACCGAAUAAAAUAAUUAACAAUAUAAGCACUUUUUAAAAUAUCUAUUCCAUACAGUCUAGCUUAGCUCUAUGGUCAAAAGAAUAUAAACCUUUUUUAUAGAUUAAAAUACCAAAAUAAUUAUGAGACGACGACAUAUGGGUAGUCAGAAGCCAGUAAGUCUGACACCAGUCUUACCAAGGGGUAUUGUGUUGCCCAGGCAACUGGGUUGAGGAGGUCAGAUAGGGCAGUCGCUCCUUGUAAAGCACUGGUACUCAGCUGCAUCCGGUUAGACUGGAAGCCGACCCCAACAUAGUUGGGAAAAGGCUCGGGAGAUAAAUCAUCGUGAGGCGACCAUGAGCUCAUUUUAAAAGUAAAAUAACUCUCUCGGCCACCCAUCCAUGUAAUGACCGCGGGAAGCAAUACUGUAUGGGCUAGAUAUCUGAUAUGAUCUAGUAUAUAGUAUUUAUGAAUUUUAUAAUCAACUGGUGUCAUGUAUUUUUUAUAUCUACUGUAUAUUAUAUGUGUGUUGUAUCUACAACGUUAUUUUUUGUUUGUGCGAAACCUGAAUAUAGUUUGUUCAGAAUCAGUAACUGAAUCGAUUUCAAUAGUUUUUACACCAUGUUAUAUUUUUUCCCAAAAUUAUCUAAAAAAACUGAAUGUUGGACACCACAAAUAGGUAUUUAUUCUCGCACAACGGCGGUCACGGCGAGUUCAUAGCGGGCGCGAGCGCACAGUGCUAUCGCGUUGCGCGGCAUGUGUGCGUUUUGUGGUGAUUAUGUAUUUUUACGGACAGUCCCGUAACUUAACAAGCUUAUAACUUUGUGACUUUUCAUGAUACGGUUUUGAAAUUUCGUACAUAGAUUCUUUACAUAAAAAUACUAGAUAGGUGUAUCAGGUUUCGCAUAAACAAAAAAUAACGUUGUAUAUUUAAACAUUUGAUAGGUUAAAUGGCACCCGCCAAUAGAAAGCGAGCUAUUAAAAUAUUUCCAGCUUAAAUAGUAAUUUAAUCAAUGUAGCAAUUUGUAAUAGAAAGAAAGAAUUGAAAUAGCAAACUUAAAUACGUUUAAAAUGUUGAAAAUAAAUUGUUAUGGUUGGAUUUUUAAGUUUAGGCUCGAAUUUAAAAAGGCUCGAAAAAGUUAUGUAUACGUUGUGAGAGUCACGUGGGAACAUCUUCUCGUACCUCCGGGUACGAGAAAAUAGUAAUAUUAUGACUAUUCUGGAUAUGGGAAGAAGUUCGGGAAUAGUGUAGCUUCCUAACAGUGAGACAAACAAACAAUUUCAGUAGAGUUUCUAGGGCACAAACAAACAACGACUUUAUUGUAUUACUGUUACAGCCUUUUUAUUGUCCCACUGCUGGGGUGCGGCCUCCUCUCACACGGAGAAGGAUUGAGCAUUAAUCACCACGCUUGCUCAAUGCGGGUCGCUGAUUUCAGACUAAAUAGUCCAGGUUUCCUCAAGAUGUUUUCCUUCACCUUUUUAUCAGCCAUUGGUGUCUAAAUUAUACUUAGAAAGUACAUACAAACUUAGAAAAGUUGCAUUGGUACUUGCCCGACCUGGAAUCGAACCCACACCCUCAUACUCGAGAGGUGGGUUCCUUACCCACUAGGCCACCGUGACUAACUUUAUUGUAUUAGAACCUGUAAAUUCAAUAGCCAUAAAGUUGAAAUUUCAACAUUCGUCGAGCUUUCAACAUAAAAAUCCAACUAUAAUAAUCAGAAUUGCCUUGCAUUAUCAUCUCACGUCUUCCAAAAGCUGCAACUGAAAGCAAUUUGACAUUUUCAAAAUAAUACAAAUGUUCUAUUUGACGAAAGCGGGUGACCCAUACUUGUGUGUGUCGUAACACGUCAAUGUCGGUCCUGCUUGUGAUCUCUCUCCGGUGGUGUCGGAUUGUCGUCCCAUCGUGCUAUGAGAGUGAAGGAGUAGUGAGUGCACCUGUGUCCAAGCAAAUGCUUGUGCGCUAUAAUAUGUCCUACGCAGCUGGCUGAUCUUAUAUGAGAACAGCCACAGAAAUCGGCCUUGGACGCCAUUAUCAAAAGCAAUGUCGUGUUUAUAUGGCAACCCCGCUUUCUUGAAAUAAAACAUUGAAAUUUUUUUUUUAAGUAUGUACUUAGAAUAACACAAAUUAUAUAGUCAUGUAACCUUUUUAGAUUUGCAAAAUAAGCACUAGCACACAUAGAAAUAUAAUAGUGUAUGUAUACGCCGCACACACACAUAGAUUUAGGGUCCUACCAUUCGAUAGAUUGGCAAUGCGUGACAGAUAACUAUUGUUGUUUGCCCUGCAUGUAUCAAACGCAAAAACAAGAAAACACCACAUAUGUAUACAGAUUUUUAAGGUGAGGAAAUCACACAUGAAAAAGUCAGUCAACUGAUGUAUUCCAUUUUUGGCUUCACUUAAAUACAUGAAAAAUUACUCGUUUGCCUUUUGCCGAUCUAUCCAUCACGGUUGUUCCCAAUAUACUAUCCGUGGCUUUGCCUACCAGAGAUAAGAAUUCGAUGUAACUUGUAUGGAGCUAAUGUUAAAAUUCUAUCUCUAAUAAGCAAAACAAGAGAUAGAUUAUUGGAUCCUGCUGUUAUAUCCAUACAAUAAUUCAAUAGGAACUUAAUAAGUAGUUAAUUUUUUGUAUCUUUAUAAAGGUGCUUGCUGACAGGAUGGCAAAGUAUUUUAUCAAUUAUUCUCAUAUUCUAACCAGCAGUCUAACCAAGGAGGAACUGGGUUGAGGAGGUCAGAUAGGCAGUCGCUCCUUGUAAAACACUGGCACUCAGCUGUUAUAAGCCGACCCAAAUUUAGGGAAAAGGCUUUCUUCGGCAAAAAUAAUUGAAAAUUCUUUUGCCGUCCUAAAGUAUUUAGUAAAAGUAUUGCAAUAGGCUCAUUUUUAAACUGAGCUUGCCGCGGUCAAUCUUUAGAUGGGUGACCGUUUAAUAAGCUUAAAAACAUUUUGUACUACCAGUAAAAUAAAAGUGAUUUUAACACGUUUUUUUCAUCUAGAAUAUAAAUAAUAAGGCAAUUCUAGGUGUAGUAAAAUUCAAAAAUUUAAUUGUUUUGUGAAAUUAAAAUCUCUACGUAGCAAUUGCAGGUCUAUAAAAGUUUUGGUCACGAAUUACACCCAAACUCAAUGAAUAUGAAUUGAUACAAAAUUCAAUAAUUAUUUAAAUGUUUAACUUUUUUCUCAAUAAACUUAGUUUUAGUUUAAUAUUUAGUAAAAUUAUGAAAUCCUAACUACGUGGUGCCUAAAAUUAAUAAACUAUGAAUUUUGUUCCAAAAAUAAAACUUCCGAAAUUUUGAACUCCCUUCAAGUAAAACAUCUGAAUUGAGAACCUUUCUUUUUGCACGUCGGUUAAAAUAAAUAGUUUAUUAAUUCUGGGUUGACAAGACUGUUCAAGUCAUAAACUGUAUUGAAAAUAUUUUCUAUUAUUAUAUUUAAGUUUAAUUUUGUUGUUUCGUAAUAAUUGUGGCACGCCGUGUCGGGAGUCUGUUAUCAAGGUUUAGAUAAAUCAUUAGUGCUAAGGGUAUUUGAAUUAAAUAUUCAUUAAACACAA